AUGGCCUCCAAUCCCCCAGGAGCAUGCUGCACCGUUGGCAUCAAGCACGAAGGCGAAGCAAAGGGUUCAUUCCAGCAAGUCGGUGGAGUCGAAACAUACAUCUCCUACCCAACCGACCGCUCCACCAAACGCGCCAUCCUGCUCCUAACAGAUGUAAUCGGUCACCGAUUCAUCAAUGCUCAGCUCAUCGCCGAUCAACUAGCUGCCAACGGGUACUUCGUGGUCAUGCCUGAUCUUUUCCACGGUGACCCCGUGCCAUUGAAUCGUCCCGCCGGCUGGGAUUUGAUGGCCUGGUUGAACGGUCCGCCUGGUCAUUUGUUGCCGCGUGUGGAGCCGGUUGUUAAGGCUGUGUUUGGGGAAAUGAAGUCUGACUUUGGGUGUGAGAGGGUUGGGGCUAUUGGGUAUUGUUUUGGGGCUAAAUACGCUGUUCGUCUGCUUCAGGAUGAUGGUGUUGAUGCGGCUUAUGUGGCUCAUCCUAGUUUCGUGGAUGCUGAGGAGUUGGCGGCGAUUAAGCGGCCUCUGUCUAUUGCUGCGGCUGAAACCGAUUCUAUCUUCCCCGCUGCAAAGCGUCACGAAUCCGAAGAGAUUCUGGCCAAGACAGGCCAGCCGUACCAGAUUAACCUGUUCGGUGGUGUCGAGCAUGGCUUUGCGGUUCGUGCCGAUAUCUCGAAGCCUAUUAUUCGAUUUGCGAAGGAGGCUGCAUUUACUCAGGCAGUGGCUUGGUUCAACCAGCACCUGUAG